GAAAGCAUGUGACACACACGGAUGGUUUCAGUUUCAACCAUCGUCUAAAACAUGUUCUUUCGACUCCAUAAUUUUCUGAAUUUGAGGAUAUGAAGACAAAAUUAGCUCAGCUUUGGGGUUUGGUCUACUAUCUCCUUCUUGCAGGCUUUGAUUACGGGAGCCGUGGGAUUAUAUUUGCUGAAGCGAACACCGACCGCAAUCUCAAACAUGGUGAAGAGAUCUCGGACACGCACAGGGAUCAUCUCAAAAACGCAUUGCGAAACGUGGAAAAGGUACGUAUGGCGAAAAACAAUUCCUGCCAAUCGAAUGAGUCGGUUAUUCUCGACAUUGGAUUCGAGAAUGCUCGCUGGAAGAGCGAGGCAUUGCUCGCGGUCGAAGUUGCAAAUCUGUUGACAUCUUUAAAGCGCGUGAAAACCGCGGAUGGCUUCUCUAUGGUGGAAAAUGACACAUUGCUUUACAACAUAGUGCGAUCAAAUGUUCGAUUUUCGCCGUCCGUGUUUGGUUCAGUGAUUUGUUUCGAGAAGAACCAGUAUCGGGACUACGAGAGGUUUUGUCCUUAUGCAUUCAGAGACAAGACUUAUAAUGGUUCAAUCCAUGUAAAAGAUAUAGCCGUCGAUCAUGAUUAUUUAACAAGUCCAGAGACAAUAUGGUGGUGGGAGCCACGCUCCAAAAAUGUGAAUCGAACGGUAAUCCCAAACGCUGAAGAAAUAUAUUCUAUUCGUCUGAAUCGAACGACGGCAGAAACGCCUCACACCAAAACUGUUCCUGUUGUUCGCUACGAUAUGGAUGGUCACUGGACUCGACCUUACUUUGAUUGCUUUGGAGGUCACAUAUGGAUGACCACAUUUUUGGCUCCAUUUUUUAACGAAUCAAACCAAUUUCUUGGUGUUGUAAGCAUUGAUGUUGAAUUGAGCAGCAUCGACAUAAAUCAGUGUGAUGCGCCAGACACUUUGACUAAAGGAAACAGAGGGAAGAAAGGAACGAGAGACAGAACUGGAAAGCUGCUCGACUUCUUAGGCACGCAUAAAUGUAAACCUUCCACACAGUGUGAACCGAUCGCCAAUCAAGGUUUCAAACGAGGCAGCUAUCGCUGUAUUUGCAGACGAGGCUAUUACUUUCCUCACCCCAAUUCCGACACCAAAUACUUUAACGGCAGUGAGAUUGAAGAGGAGUAUGACAAGAAAGUUAAAGAAGAGACGAAUUUGUAUGAUGAUGAGUUCAAAUGUUUGCCGUGUAGCGAAGGAUGCGAUGAAUGCUCGGACGACAGUCCCUGUAUGUAUAAAGUGAACCUGAUAUUGCGAGUAGUUCUGAUCAGUAUAAACACUUUGGCUGCCAUACUGGCCAUAGUCAGUGGACUGGUAGUAUACAUCUUCAGAGAAAGUGAGGUAUUUGAAGUAUCCAGUCCAAUAUUUCUGCAGAUUCUUCUUUUUGGUGCCAUCUCGAUGUAUUCGUCGUUAGGAGCUGCGUAUGUGGACCCCUCCUCUUUGUCCUGUACCAUAGAAGUGUGGCUUUACAAAUGUGGUUUUUUUCUUGUUUAUGGAAUUCUUACUCUAAAGGCUUGGAGAGUGUCGGUUUCAUUUCGUGCUCGAUCUCCCAGGCGAGUUGAUGUGACAGACGGUAUGAUAGCUGGUCGUUUAGCUUUACUCUGCGCCGCCGCUGUAGUUUUUCUCAUCGUUUGGACUUUAUUUAUGCCCCCACAAGUGAAGCACAGCACAGGCGAUUUGAGAUUUAAACAAUGCGAGUACAGUGUUAUGAAUUACGUCAGCUUGUUUGGUGAACUCAUUUUACUGGUCGGUGCCAUGUUUUUAUGCUUCCGCGUUCGAAAUGCACCAUCAGCCUACAACGAAACUAGAUUUACUUCUUGGGCUGUUUACAACGCCAUAUUUAUCACGUGUUUUGAUGCCGUGUUGAGGAUUCUCACUGCUGACAACACCAAUCCUGACAUUCUUUUUGCCACGGAAUUUAUGCUUAUUCAGAUGACUGCUUCCGUUGCAAUUCUGUUCUUAUUCGUUCCAAAGUUCUGGUUUUUACGGAAGAUGCGCGGAAAAGAGGUCAACCGGCGACUAACCGCGGACCGUCAGCCGAGUGACUCGUCCCAGACUCCUAACGGCAGUUGUUCAACUGAUGUGGCAACAUUAGAAAGGGAAAACAAAGACCUUAAGGAUGAAGUGAGGAGGUUGUCUUCAAAAGUAGCUUUCAUGCAUUCCCGUCUUAUGAAGGAUAAGAAUAAACACAUCAAGAGUGGAACUAACAGUUUAUGUCGAGCGCGCUCCUCCACCAACGACGAUUUGGAGGACGGUACUCUCAAGAGAAUUUCCAAGUUGCCAGGCACCAGGUUUCUAAAUUCGCGUGUUUGAGAGUGGGAACUAGGCACACUUCCACUUGCGCUUUUCGAUGACCGUUGCGUUUCAAAUGAGGCGUAUGCCCAUAACGUCAGGUUGACUAAAUAUGAGUGCCUUUUUACGAACAUUAACAAUUGGAGUAACUAAAGUAUGUUAAAUAAACCCCAAUUUACAAAAUAUUUCAGAAGUAAUAAUGUGGAAGCUUAGUGGUGACAAAGAGAGAUCUCAUUUAGCUUUGAAUGCGUAAAUCCAAACGAGAAAAAUAUGUUUAUUAAUUGCUCGACGGACAUUCCUCGCAAUUACGUGCCGAACCACAGAAACUUAGAGGUGCUGCUUGCAGUAUUUGUCUUUCAAUUCCAUUAAAACACUGGUUAAAUAUUUGGGGUGAAAUUCAGAGCAAAUGAGGUCGAAAAGUAUUCGUUAUACAACUGAACUUUUUAUUAAUGUGAUGAGGAAGUAUUUGAGGGUGUACUCGAUUAAAGGUGUCAGAUGAAUGAAAACAUAGGUUUUUAGCCGUUUUCACGCCAAAUUUGAGAAAUCCAUUGAAAUCUGUUUAAGGAUAUCAAAAUAGGGAAAGAUAAAACUAUAGAAUUUUCUAAAACCAAACUUAUUUAAUUACAGGUAUCCUGUUGAUUUACUAUUUGGCUUUUAGAGCCUAAAAGCACGUCACCCAGCUAUUGUAAAAUUCGAUAUACGCAGACGAUCGACUGCUGUGUUCAAAAAAGCUGCGUGAUGAUGCAUUGAGUUGUUUUAUACGACUUAUUAACCUGCCUGGAAACUGAUAGAGGCUACGAAGUAAUGGUUCGGUAGAAUGGAAAAAAAAAAUGGAAAAGACAUUGAUUAAAUUUAAAAAGAAAUAAUAUGGAUGAGUAAGGAAUGGUACGUUUAAAACAAAUUAAAAAUGACAGAAUUGAAAAAUAUCAGAUUCUUCGAAAGAGACAAUUUACAAAGAUGGUUCAUAUAUUGACAACAGAAAGUAGAUUACACCAAAAAAAUAUAUUUAUAUGAAGCGCAAAUUUCCUACUACCCUCAAACGUAUCUAGAGAUUGUACUACAAUUGAUGGACUGAUUCAGUCCAUUCGUAGCUAAAGUUGAACUCGAGAGCUCUUUUGGUUGUUCGUCUUAUCAAGGCUCUUAAGUAUUUCCAUUCAAUAACGGUUUUCUUCGCCGACGUAAGAAUUUAAGGGAGUCAUUUAGCAUCAUAUUAAUUUUCUAACACCUUAACCCUUUAACUCCCAUGAGUGACCACGACAGCAAUUCUCCUUACAAUGUCGAUACAGUAUCAUGCACACAGGUGAUGAGAAUGAAGAAAAUUAUCAAUUUUAGGGAAUCAUUAAUUGAUCUAGUAUCAAAUUCUCGGAACUUACAUGUAAAGAAUUGUAUGCCUAACAGUAAGGAGAAUUACUAACCUCGGAGUUUAAGGGUUAAAUGAAGAAGUGGAAUUCAAAUGACUCGCUUGAAGCCGAAUUUUUCAAUUCAAGGUUGCCUUUUUAACUAAAUAAUGGUUAAGAUAUUUUAAAUAACAAUGUAAAUACACAUGGAAUGAUCUACUUCAUGUGAAUUGAUGUAAAUAUUAAAUUAUUAAAAAAAACAUUAUUGA